AUGCCUGGAGACGACAAGCUGGAGCAACAGAAUGCAGUUUCACUCAAAUUGCCGACCUUCUGGACAGCACAGCCCCAAGUCUGGUUUGAACAAGCAGAAGCCCAGUUUCACAUCCGCCAGAUAACUGCCGACACCACCAAGUACUACUACGUGGUCAGUGCUCUGGACCAAGACACAGCCGGGCGCAUCAUAGACUACCUUCGCCAGCCACCAGCCACGGACAAGUAUGAGGGAAUCAAGACUCUUCUCAACGAAACUUUCGGACUCAGUCGCCGUGUCAGGGCCUCCAAACUCCUGCACAUGGACGGCCUAGGUGACCGAAAACCCUCCGUCCUCAUGAACGAGAUGCUUGCCCUGAUGGAUGGACACAAGCCCUGCCUCCUUUUCGAGCAAAUCUUCCUCGAGCAGUUGCCUGAGGACAUCCGUUUACUCCUUGCUGAUGCUGACUUCACCGACCCCCGCCCGUAG